CACAGCACAGACCUCAUCGUACAAAGGCAGAAGAUGGUUUUUUUAACAACUGAAAUAAUGCAAAGGACUGCGCUCUUUGUGACGGUUGGAGGCUUGGUGACAUCUCUGAUCACCACCUUCCUUCCACACUGGAAGACAAUGAACUCUGAUCUUAAUGAAGUAGAGAACUGGUUCUCUGGGCUGUGGCACACCUGCCUCUACACUGAGGAGGUGGGAAUUCAGUGUAAGGCCUACGAUUCCAUCAUGGGACUGCCGAUGGACCUGCAGAUCUCCAGGGUGCUCAUGUCAGUGUCUAUAGGCACUGGCGGUUUAGCUGUAUUGGUUGCUUUCCCGGGUCUAGAGGGAGUUGAGAUGUGUGUGGAGCAGCCUGGUGUAAAGAGAAGACUCCUCAUCUUUGGUGGGGUACUGUCCUGGGUGUCUGGGCUCACUACUCUGGUUCCUGUCUCUAUUGUGGCCUACACAACCGUGGUGGACUUCUGGGAUGAGGGUUUUCCUGAUGUGAUGCCACGAUGGGAGUAUGGGGAGGCCAUGUUCUCCGGCUGGUUCGGAGGCUUGGCACUGGUCAUUGGAGGGACUUUGUUCUUUGUGGCUGUGUGCAUGGGAGACUACGACCAGCGGCCAUCAAGUGUGCUAAACACCUCACAGGUGAAGCACAAGACACGGCACUACCUAAAGACAGAGGUUUUAUAAUUUGUUUAGUCCCAUAUGUGUAAUAU